CUAAAACACAAGUUUUGUGCGAGUCUAAGUAAUCAAAACAACAACAGCAACAACGAGCUUAAUAAGCGGUCAAGCUAUAACAACAUCGAUAAUAACAACAACAAUCAACAACAGCAGCAAUAACACGUCGGCGCUUUUUGUUUAUCAAAAAGAAAAAGUUUAAUUAGCGCGCGUAGCGACGACGCCGCCGCAGCCCAAAACACAGUGUUUGCGCUUUUUCGAAGGCUCUCCCAAUUUUCCUUUGCCAAUUUUAUUACGUGUGCGUGCCGAAAUACGUCAUCGACGCGCGCAGCAAAAGUGCGAACAGCAACAAAAACAACAACAACAGGAACGAACGGCAGCCAUUGAAAGCUUCUGAGUGGGCAGUUCACAAACACACAUCGAUACAACAGUGCGAACAUACAAGCAUAUACAUAAAAGCCUAUUGAAUUGAAUUCAAUUGCAAGUACAACGCGCGCAAUCAACAUAAAUCGAGGAAAAUUUCGCUCUGUUUGAAAUAAUUAAUUUGUUAUUGUGUCGCGAGCAACGGCAUUCACAGUGAAAAGCAACAGCCGCCGUCCAGUUGGCCAGAGUCAAACGCGCAACACGUGUGUGCGAGCGAGAUAACUGCACUGUUUCCGUAUUGUGAGCGUAGUAGCGGGUGCAAGUGAAAUAAGGCGUUUGAUAAAAAAAAACCAAAGCACAAAGAAAUAAAAAAAAAAGAGUACGGCUGUAAACCAAAAUAAGAGCAGAUAAGAAAACGUGCAAAACAGCUGAGCAGUGCAGCAGCAGCAGCAACAACAACAACGAUAGAAAUCAAACGCAGCGCGCGCACUUUGUGUUCAAUUGGUAAAGUAGUAAACCAAACGUCAGCGUCGGCAGCGCAGUCGCAGCAGCAUCCCCACACACAAUAAGCGACAAUCAAUUUGAUCAACAAUCAGCCAAAGCGGCAGAAGCAGCAGCAGCCGUCGCCGCAGUCGCAGUCGCAAUCUCUCAUCGUCCCGUGUCCGUCGUAAUCACAAGUUGGGUUUUUUUUUCCUUCUUCUUUUUUUUUCUCUGCUGAUCAUCAUUGUCGUCGUCGUCGUCGGCUCGCGCUCGGUUUUGCGUUGAGGCUUGUGUUGAAUUCGGGAACUGAAACUGAAACUGUAUCUGUAGUUUCCCGCUAACGGCGAAUAUUCUCACAACUCAUUGAUAUUUUAACCUCGUGUCCGUGUUGGUUGCCGCUCGACCAAGGUUCUGGCCACACAAAAUGCUCGUCUCUUUGGGCUUUUCGAAGCCUCGCUUCGUCGGAUUAAAAGUGCUCCUAUAGCGCGAAAAUCAAAAAAAUAAACCGGCAAAUAAAUAUAUUUAAAAAAAAAAAAAGUAUUUAAAUUGGCAGCAAGCAAAAUACGUAUAUGUAACAGUUAAUGAACCUCAAAAUAUAAAUCGCAGAUAUUUGAAAAUCGCGCGCAAACAAAAACCGCUCGAUGCAAACAUAAAAUUUUCGAUUAAACAAAUAUAUUAUGCAAAUUUGAAUAAUUAGCGCUGCAGUUCGAAAACCCGUUUCGAAAUACGAAAAGAAAAAAAAAGCGUGUGUAAAACCUAAAAAAAAGGCUCUAAUUAAAUACCUAAUACAAGCAAAUAAUAUAUAACAGUUUACGCAUACCAACAUAAACUAAUAUACGAAACACAUGCAAACCUGAAUAAGGCUUUCAAAAACUUUAUCAGUUCGAGCACCAAUACCAGCAAGCAGUUUCCAACACACACAGAGAAAGACUUUUAUAAAUAACACGCAUACAACGACAGUAGCUGUUACUCUCUCGUCUAUGUGAGCAGCGAUUAAACUUGAAGCAGCGGCAGCAGAAAAAAACAAAAAAUCAAAAAAGAAAUAUUAGCAAAGCUUUGCAGCGAUUUUUACACUCAGCAGCUAAACAGAGUAAAUCUGUAACGCGUCUGGAAUAGUUGUGUCUCACGGUGUCUCAGCAAAAGCUAAAAAAAUAUUGAAUAUAUAUACUUUAUAUAUAUAUAAAAUUUAUAAAAAGUAUCUGAGCUAAUAGUGUUUUCUAAAAGUGUGAAAUAGUGUUGUUAAACGUUGUGCGUAAAGCCACAAAUCGAAUGCAACUGUUUAUUGCUAAAUUUAUCAAAAACUCUGUCUCAUUGUCAAACUAACUGUUAUAAUGUGCGCCUUCUGACAGUGUCAAACUAACUAAAAACAAAAAUAAUACAAAAACCUUACAUAAGCGCCAAGAAUCGUUUGGUCAAGUAAAAAAAUCAAAAUAUAUAAGUGAAGUCAUACAAGUGCCAAAAACAUUUGCUUUGCCGCAUAAUUAGAAUGUCAAAUAUCUGACAGAGUGCCACACAAUAAUUAAAGCUCACUUUAAACAAAUAGACAAGCAGCAAAAGCUUUAAUAACAGUUAAUUCACGCAAAGCAUUCAACACAUAAGCUCGCUAGAAUGUCAGCAGAAAUCUGACAGCGGUUUAACAAACCAAAAGGACAAAACACAAAAUCAACACAAAAGGCGAAUUUGAGGAGAAACGUACGCGUUUCGAAAUCUGAAAAAGGAGGAAAGUUGUAGAGAAGAAGAAGAAGAAGACCACAGCGACUAUCAACUGUGAACUGUUGUGCUGCAUUGCUCCCGCCCCCCCAACGUACAGAAACUUAACGAUAAAUGGAGAAAUCUGAAAUACGACUGCAACGCAUGUCAAAUGUAUAUCAAUCGCAAUCGAGCUAUAUGUAUUUGCGUAACAAAAUGCUGUUAAAAAUUGAAAACACCCUACUACGUAGCCAUCGUCAGCGUGAAACAACCGGGAUCAAGAAACUGUAUAAUUCGUUUUUUGUGCUCUUCUAAUUGCAUCAGCAAGUUCUUAACGCCCGAAGAACGCACAACGAAUUUUUGAUCAAUUCAAAGCAUAAAUAGUUACAAAACAAAUUGUUUAAAACAAACAAAAAAACAAAACUAUAGAUAUUAUUUGGUUGUUAGUUGUAUACAAAAUCCAAGUGCUGUGCUAAGAGAAAACAAAAAAAAAAAACUAGUGUCAUUUUUUUUCUUCUUUGUUGUCAUAAACAUUUAAAACAAAAUGUUGACCUAAAUAAAAUACAAUAAAAAACAUUUUCAAAACCCACAACAAUUCCCUUCUACUUCGAAUAAUUAUUGUUUGUUGCUUACAACAAAAACACACCCGAAAAUAUACAAAAUAUAAUUCAUAAGGACUUGACAAAAUUGCACGCGAAAGCUCGAGGGCUACACCCUAGAAAACACCGUGUUUCUUAAGAAAUAGACGUGCGUACUAACGGUAUUUGUGGACAUAACCAGCAAAAAAACAAUAAUAAAAAAACAACAAUAAUAGAAAUUAAUAAAAACAACCUUUCGU